AUGAACAACACCGCAAUAGCUGCUCACCAUGGGGUCGUCUUCCCGCCCGAGAUUGCAGACAGGAUUAUGAGCUAUUUGCACGACGACAAAGCUACUCUGAAAGCUUGUAGCCUGACAUGUCGCCCGUGGUACCUCACUGCUCUCUACCACACCAUCCACUUCCAUUCAACGACUAUGCCCUACUGCGCACACGGGUUCGCCAAUUUACUCACACACUCUCCCCACAUUGGCUCGUUCGUCCGAGAGCUGUCGCUGACUCUGCUCAGUGAUAGCUACAGCCACCUCUCGCCGAUACUCAAGCUCAGCAAACAUCUCGGUAACGUCCAUACCCUCACGCUGUGCGGACUCUUUACAGGACGCUACCUCACUGUCUUCGGUGCUGUGUGUCACAUCAGGCUCUUCGACCCUUACUGCACGUGCCACACUUUCGUCUCAGUAUUCAACGCGUUUCCCAGCUUGGUCGAUUUCGCAUUAGACGCUUACACCGCGAAGCCUACAUACGGGCCUAUUGAUACCCUGCCCGCCUGGCCGCUGAAGAAACUGAGACUGACUCCUAUGAUCACCCCUAUGACAAAACCCCCGUCAUUCCCCUUGCUCCGAGCGAAUCCUCAGUCGAUAAGCCACUUCGAACUGCAGAUCUACCAUGUCCUAGACGAUACGCAGGUUUUGGAGCUCUUUGCUGCCCUCGAACUCUUUCAAGCCCUGCGAAACUUAUCGCUGGUCACGCCUUCGCUUGCGUCGCUCGCAAGUCUGAUGCCCAGGCUACAGUGGCCUGGCAUAGACAAGCUGACGCUGGGUGUCUUCCCGCGUAGCAUGUCGGAUGUUGACACGCUGAUCCGGGUCCUAUCGGAUGCGGACUUUUCUAGUGCGUCGAAGGUCGUGCUGAGGCUGCAGUGCAUGAGGCACAUGCUAUACAUCCAGCGCGAUAUGGGAAAGUUCAGAACCUCCCUCGAGGAAAGCUUAAAGGGCUUGUGUGCGCGAGGAGUGUUGUCCGUCGUCAUCUGA